AUGAUUCCCUUCAGCCCGCAUCCCUCCAGCGGUGAGGCCUACAAAAACUCGCCCGUUAAAUGGCGCUCCUUAACUCAUCUCGUCCAAAGUCGUCGCAGCUCCACGGCUGAAUUGGCCCGCAACGCCAGCCAUCGCCGCUCACAGAGCACUUCAGCCAUCACACCGCCACAUCUCCGUCCGCCGGAGCGAAGGGGGUCCGUGGAGGAGAAGCCACGCAAGUCGUCGUUGAGUGGACUAAUUGAGUUGAAAAGAUUUUUGCCAGCCGCCGUGCAGAAGACGUUGUCGUCCAGUAACAGCAGCUUGACUCAAGGUAUGUUGAGAGUUUGUAAAAUACGCUGA